UGUCGCGCUUGACGACACGUUUGCGGGAAAGUUGCCAACCUUAAUUACAUAACACUAAUCUCUCGCGGUGUGUGAUUCAACAGUCUGGCGCUGAUCAUCAUGAGUCUUCUCAAGUUGGCGAGCGGCGCCACGGCGGCUGCUCUGAAGAAGAGUUCGACGACCCAGCUGGUCGUUUCACGUGCCUCGUCCCACUUUGUGUACAGCCCGGAUGCGAAGGCUCCGGUCGAGGGGCCAACCCAGAAGAUGAACAUGUUCCAGGCCAUUAACAACGCGAUGGACAUCGCCAUGGAGCGAGACACUUCGGCGCUGGUGUUUGGUGAGGACGUUGCUUUUGGAGGGGUUUUCCGAUGCUCCAUGGGCCUGCAGAAGAAGUACGGAAAGGAUCGGGUGUUUAACACUCCGUUGUGCGAGCAAGGCAUUGCUGGGUUUGCGAUCGGGGUGGCCAACACGGGUGCGACGGCCAUCGCCGAGAUGCAGUUUGCCGAUUACAUUUUUCCGGCGUUCGAUCAGAUAGUCAAUGAAGCGGCCAAGUAUCGGUACCGCAGCGGAAAUCUGUUCGAUUGUGGGUCGCUAACGUUCCGCGCACCGUGCGGCGCCGUUGGACAUGGUGCUUGCUAUCACUCGCAAUCUCCGGAGGCGUACUUUGCGCACACACCCGGCUUAAAGGUGGUCGUUCCGCGCGGUCCCAAUAAGGCAAAGGGAUUGCUGCUGGCUUGCAUCAAGGAGAAAGAUCCUUGCAUCGUGUUUGAGCCUAAAACGCUGUACCGAGCGGCGGUGGAGGAGGUUCCGGUGGCCGCCUUUGAGUCUCCGCUGGGCAAGGCGGACAUCCUGAGAACCGGCAGCGACGUCACGUUGAUCGGAUGGGGUACGCAGAUUCACGUGCUGUCGGAGGUUGCCGAUAUGGCUAAAAAGCAGUACGGCGUGAACUGUGAGGUGAUUGACCUGGUGUCGAUUCUGCCGUGGGAUAAGGACACCGUUUGCAGUUCGGCGAAAAAGACGGGCCGCGUGCUGAUCGCCCACGAGGCACCCCUCACGAGCGGAUUUGGCGCCGAGCUGGCAGCGACCAUCCAGGAGGAGUGCUUCCUCCAUCUCGAGGCGCCGGUAGCACGCGUCACCGGCUGGGACACGCCCUUCCCGCACGUGUUCGAGCCGUUCUACAUCCCGGACAAGUUCCGCUGUCUGGCCGGCGUGAAGAAGCUCAUCGAUUACUGAACCAGGCAAUCGGGCAUCCAAGGUCUUCCACGGUGUGUAGUUGUUGCUGCUAGAUGAAGUGAGCAAAGUCACUCUAAAAUUGCACGAAAUGAUAAACGAGAAACAUGAUGCAUUUAUUACAGUUAAGUAUAGUUUUACGUUGAUUAACGUACAGACGAACAGCAUUUAAUACAAAGCUCUUUACAUAUCAGAAAGAUGGUCACAAGUCUGCGAUUAAGAUUCUCCAAUGAAAAAUUAAAGUGCCUUUAAUGUUUUAAUAGCAAA